AUGCCUGUUACCACCAUUACAUCGCUUAGCCAAUAUCAUGAUGCUAUCCAAAACAACAAAAAGAUUGUAUUUGAUUUCCAUGCAGAGUGGUGUGGCCCUUGCAAGUUAAUCGGGCCCAAGUUUGAAAAAUUCGCUGAUGAGUAUGCUGGCAUUGCUUAUGCCCAAGUUGACGUGGACGCUGUUCCUGAUGUAGCGGCUGAAGCUGAAGUACGCGCCAUGCCAACGUUUGUGUUUUAUCAUAACGGCAAAAAGGUCAACGAUGUUGUCGGUGCCAAUGCCACCAAGCUUGAGGAAGCCAUUAAGGCAUUGGUGAAUGCAGAAUAG